AGCCUGAUCACCCUGAGGAUAUCUUCCCCAUGGUCCUGACAUCGGCAACCCAGGAGCUCUUUGGUUGCCGCGCUGAUGAGGACGUCACAGGGGAGAGCCCUUACAAGCUGCUGAAAAAAGACGACAUCAUACAGGACAUUAAGACAAGAGCUGCAGUGUCCGAUUUCAGCCCUGUGAAGCAGAUUGUGCUGGACUACCCAGAGGAUGAGAUCUUGCUGGUUUUUGACAGAGACUUCACUUAUGGCCAGAGUUUCUACCUGAUUCUGACACCAGAAGCUAAGGGAAGAAUCCUCAGUCCCCCUGAGCCCGAGACACCAGUAGUGAUUGAGAAUGAAGUCAGUAAAACCCCAGAACCAAAGCCAUGGAUAUCUCUUGGCAGUGAGCUGGAAAUAGAUGAAGAAUCUGUCAAAGAGACCAGAGAAAAGCUGCGGUUCACAUUCUCUAGAGUGCGGAGGAAGUUUGGGCAACCAGUCUCUUUUUCUGACCGAAAUGCUUCAGAUCGCUACCUGGAGUGUAUUUCCUAUCAAGACAGCAGAUUCAGUAUCAAGCUGAUGCAGAGAGACUGUGGGAUACAGGCUGUUCCCAGAUUGCAGAGAAGCAGUGCUCAGACACAGUGGAAGUCUCAGAGGAAUAACUUUACUCAGUACGAGCCAAGAGAGUUAAGUGAGGAAGAAAAAGAAAACAUCCACCAGUCUGAGAGUCUGAAGAAUUUUUGCAAUUUAGUGACUCCCAGGGUUUUGCAAGCUCUUCAGCAGGAAGAGAUCAUGAAUGUAUUCACUGAUGACUGGAAGGUUCUGGGGACAGGGGCUGAAGAUGGUGACUGGUCUGGGAAGGCUUCUGAAGGUUUGAUGCUUUAUCAGGCCUUCACAGACCAGAAGUACACUAAGGACAAGCGCAUCAGCAGCAUUAACUGGCACCCAACUAUUCAUGGUGUGAUAGCUGUGGCUUUGACAGAAAAAAAGGAGGAGGAUCAGUUGAACGAGUCAUCUACAUUUGACGUCAGACCAUCUUUCAUUGUUUUCUAUUGCUUCUCUGACCCCACCAAUCCCCAGUUGCUACUAGAGUGCCCAGAUGACAUUUUUGCCUUCGAGUUCUGCCCCUCUGAUCCAAAUAUUAUCGUUGGCGGCUGCAUGAAUGGCCAGGUUGUGUUAUGGGACAUUUCUGCUCACGUCACACAGUUACAGGGAAUGCAAUCUAGUGGAAAAAAGACCUCUGUCAACACUGACACAUUCGACCUUGAUGACAACAAAGAGAAUAAGGCUCCUGUUGUGCGUUUCUGUGCAGUGUCUGCCAUAGAGAACAGCCACAAAGCACGAAUUACUGAUGUCCAGUGGCUGCCACCAACGUUUGAGGUGACCAGGACGGGCUUACCAGUGGAGAACAAGUAUAAGAUUUCUGUUCAAGUUGUCACCUGCUCUCCUGACUGCACUAUUAUGUUCUGGGAUGUGCGAGUGCCAAAACUGUUGAACCUGUCAGCGUCAGACAAAAAGCAGAAUGUGGAUCAGAAGACCCAGAUGACACCCUACAGUGUCCCCGACACUUUCAAACACCUGGACCGUACAUGGAAACCACUGUUCAGGGUUUCGCUGCCAAAGAUCAAUAUCGGUGGAGAAUACGCUCCUUUGAAGUUCAGCUUCGAACACUACACUUGUAAUGGUAAUACAGAUAGGAACACAGGAGAAGCUGAUGAAAACGAUGACAGCUCAGAGAUCAUCGCAGACUACAGCCAGCUCAGAGUGCCCUCAGCCAAAGCAAUCACUACUUUGGAGGCUGUCAAUACCAAGCUCUAUAUUGGAACAGAGGAUGGAGAGAUUAUUUACACUGACUGGAAACUGGAGAAGGACGACGCUGGACGUCUAAACAGUGCCAAGCCCCUCCACUGUUUUAACGUCCAUCACUGGCUGGUAAAUACAGUACAGCGAUCACCCUUCUUCAAAGACAUUAUUUUGACGACGGGAGGCUGGCACUUCGCCAUCUGGAAGGAGGGAGUCAUGGACGGCCCCAUCAUAAUGUCACCAAGCUCUGAGCAGGAGUGCACUGUGGGAUGCUGGUCCCUGUCCCGACCAGCUGUUUUCUUCAUUGGGAAAGACGAUGGCAGCAUUGAUGUGUGGAACCUGGUGGAAAAGAGCAGUGAGCCUGCACACGUCCACGCACACGUGACCAACGCCAGGAUUUCCUGCAUCAAACCCUGGAAUUACUCCUCCAAGCAGCACUUCCUGGCUGUGACUGACGACCUUGGAAUGGUUCGUGUUUUCGAAAUCCCAAAGAUACUCAACAUUCCCUCUAGGAGUGAGACUUUGAGUGUGAGGAAAUACUUCGAACAGGAGGAAGACAGAUUGAAGGAUUAUUUGAAGAAGGAGGAACAGUGGGUAAAAGAGAAAAAGGAAGCUGAAGAACUCAAGAAGAAAAUGGAGUCUGGCAAGUCAGUCAAAUCCCUGCAGGACGAUGACAGGGUGAAGAUGAAGGAGGACUAUCAUGAUUACCUGGCACUGGAGGAAAGCAUCCUGAAGGGCAUGGGCCUGUGCCCAGCUACUGCAGAUUCCUAAUAUCACACAUGCACACACACAUGAAUGCAAAUUGCAUUUUAUACAA